AUGGAAACCCUUAAUUUCACACGCCGGCACCACUCCGAGGCAAGACCUCCAUCGCCACGGCUACUGCGCAGUAGAAGUGGAACCCCUGCCCUAACUCUUCCAGAAAACAGGGCAUCGUCGGUUAACUCGAGCCAAAGCUUCGCUAAUAGGUCAAAGUCGACCACGAGGUCAUCAAGAAUCCAAAGAAACGAAGAGAACGUCAACCCUGCAACCGUCAUUUCAAGCAUGCAAAAGAAGCCUAAUCAUCAAGAGAGUAGAUCAGAUGGGUUUGUUAGGUUCUUGCAGCGUGGCAGUCCGCGUAAUUCCUGUACUGCGACAAAGGGAUCAAAACCAAUUACGAGUUCUCCGUCCGCAUGGGCGUUGUCUCCGGGAAGGUCUUCGCCGUUGAUGGUGGCAAGGGAACCACAAGGAUCUUGUGGGACCGGGGUGAAGGCCAAGUCCUCCAAAGGUGGUGGUGUAGGUGGGGUUUUAAAGUAUUUUAGGCAGAAGAAGGUGUCACCUAUGCAAGAAGAAGAGUAUCACCGAUUUCGAGUUUUGUACAAUAGGAUGUUGCAGUGGAGGUUUGUGAAUGCUAGAGCUGAGGUUGCCAUGACCGCUGCGAAGAUAGAUGCGCAGGAUAAAAUUUUUGGUGUGUGGCUUAGAAUCUUAAAAAUAAGAAACUCCACUUUAGAGAAGAGAAUUCUACUGCAAAAGCUGAUGCAUGAGAUCAAGCUACAUCGAAUUCUAGGCCCUCAAUUAUGUCUACUCAAUGAAUGGGUCAAGUUGGAGGGGAAAAAUUACGAAGCUGUAAGCAGGGUGAUUCGAAAACUCUCGGCGAUAUUGGUUAGAGUCCCUUUGGUCCAAGAUGCAGAGGGAGAUGUGGAGUCUAUCUACGACGCCAUGAGUUCAGCCGUUGCGGUCAUGCAUGGCAUAGAAGUGACAAUCAUAGAAAUCUUCUCACAGCCGUUGGAGAAAUUGCUUUAUCUGGUUACUGAGCUUAUAAGCAUGCUGGAACAGCAAAAAGACUGUUUGGAAGAACUGGAGAAAGUUAUCACGUUGGUCCCUCCAUUAGUGGUAUCUGAGCAGAGUUUACGAGUACAUUUCAUUCAAGCAGGUAUGGAAUUGGAGCGAUGUCAAAUUGAUUGA